AAAUAGAAAAAAGGGAUCCCAAUGGAAUGCAUUCGAUCUCUAGCCUAGCUUGUGCGCAAGGUUAGAGAGGAAAAUCAAGAAUCUCAUGUUACAAAGUAACAUAGGGAACAUAAAGUUUGAAAAAUGAACCAUUGUACCUUCAAAGCCAAAGAGAAAAUUCAUGCAGUGUGCUGGAAUAUUACUAUACCAUCAUCAUCAUCAUCAUCAUCAUCACCAUCAUCACCAACCAUGACAAGAAGAAAUCAGCAGACCUUCAUUUCAUGGCGGUUUUUGUUUCUUUUCGUUAUCUCCCUUCUGCUAACUACGUUUCCUGUAAGUCAUCAAAUAACGAUCGACGUCGACGAAUCAACAUUCGAAGGAAGUCCUUCAGUGACUACAUCAGAAGAUAAAAUUGAUGAGAAGAGGGUAGUUUUUGAAGGUUGUGGUGGCGUAGCAUCGUCUUCCCAUAUUCCUGUACAACUAAUUAUACAACACGGCUAUGUUAUUAUAGAUAAUGGGAUAGUUCAAAUCACAUUGUCAAAGCCAGAAGGGCAUGUAACUGGAAUAAGCUACAAUGGAAUCGAUAAUGUACUUGAAACUAGAAAUAAUCCUGAUAACAGAGGCUACUGGGAUCUUAAUUUCGAUGUACCUAGACAUGAUUCUUAUAAAAAAAAAAAAGAAUCUAAACAUGAAGACUAUGACAGGAUAAAAGGCACAGAGUUCAGAGUGAUAACAGAAGAUGAAAACCAGGUAGAGCUGUCAUUCCUUAGAUCAUGGGACCCAAGUAUGCAGGGGAAAUACUACCCAAUGAACAUUGACAAAAGGUUUGGAAUGUUGCGAGGUUGUUCGGGCUUUUACUCGUACGGCAUUUAUGAAAGAUUAGAGGGUUGGCCUGUUUCUAACCUUACCGAAACAAGGAUUGCAUUCAAGCUUAGUAAUGACAAGUUUAACUACAUGGCCGUAUCAGAUGCUAGGCAAAGACUAAUGCCAACAGUACAAGACCGGUCAUCGGGUCAUCAGCUAGCUUACCCUGAAGCUGUUCUCUUAACAAAUCCAACGAAUCCUUUGUUUAAAGGAGAAGUGGAUGAUAAGUACCAGUAUUCUUGCGAAAACAAAGACAACAGGGUCCAUGGUUGGAUAAGCUCUGAUCAUAGCGUUGGAUUCUGGGUUAUCACACCUAGUGAUGAAUUCCGUACUGGUGGCCCUCUGAAGCAGGAUCUAACAUCUCACGUUGGGCCUACAGCACUCGCUAUGUUUGUGAGUAGUCACUAUGCUGGAGAAGCUUUAGAGCUGAGAUUUGAAGAAGGGGAGCCAUGGAAGAAAGUUUUUGGUCCGGUACUAAUAUACCUUAACUCGGCUGUUUCCCUUGAUGGCAAGCUCAAUAAUCCUUACCAAGAACUCUGGGAAGAUGCAAAACACCAGAUGAUAGUGGAAGUUGAAAAUUGGCCAUACAAUUUCCCAGCUUCAGAGGACUACCUUAAGUCAGAUCAACGCGGGGCAGUAAGUGGUAAAUUAGUGGUUCAUAAUAGGUACAGCAAUAAAGAGUAUUUUUACGCAAGCUCUGCCUAUGUAGGCUUAGCACCCUUGGGAAAUGCCGGUUCAUGGCAAAAUGAAACCAAGGGUUACCAGUUUUGGACAAAUGCAGAUGCAAAUGGAACAUUUUCUAUAAGAAAUGUGCGCAAAGGAGAUUAUAAUCUUUUUGCAUGGGUUCCAGGUUUUAUCGGUGAUUACAGAUAUAAUGUCAAUCUUACCAUCCUUCCAGGAAGUGAUAUCAAUUUGGGUGUUCUUAUUUUUGAUCCCCCAAGAGAUGGACCUACAAUUUGGGAGAUUGGCUUCCCUGACCGUUCCGCCGCAGAGUUCUUUAUACCUAACCCUGAUCCAAGAUAUAUCAACAGAUUAUAUGUAGAUCACCGGACUGACAGAGAAGGGAAAAUAUUGAGUUCAGUGGAUAAGUUUAGGCAAUACGGACUGUGGAAGAGGUAUGCGGAGAUGUAUCCACAUGAAGAUCUUGUCUACACCAUCGGCUUAAAUGACUACUCGAAAGACUGGUUCUACGCACAAGUCCCAAGAAGGAUAGGAGCCAAAGAAUUUAAAAAAACAACAUGGAAGAUAAAAUUUGACCUUGUAAAUGUGGACCAGACCGGGACAUAUACGUUAUGGGUGGCUCUUGCAUCUGCAACUUAUGCAGAAUUACAGGUUCGUAUCAACAAUGAAAAUGACCACGUCCCGCACUUCACAACUCACAUGAUCGGGAGGGAUAACGCUGUAGCUAGGCAUGGAAUUCAUGGAUUGUACUCGUUAUUUCACGUAAACGUAUCAAGUUCUCGAUUAGUGCAAGGACAAAAUACCAUAUUUUUGACUCAAGCAAGAAAUAACAGUGCUUUUCGAGCAAUUAUGUACGAUUACAUUCGGUUAGAAGGACCUUCAAUGUUGUACAUUUGAUUACAACAAACUCAUUCUAUUUAAUUUUAUUAUAUCAUACUUCUGUAAUUUCAAAUAAUAAGGAAUAGCAAAUCAAAACAUUAUGCUCACUUACUCUAUUAGGAAUUUAGGACCUUCACUAUAACCUACAUUACAAUAUUUGCUUACC